GACUCAGUUCCGGCUGACGCAAUGGGGCGUAGCUGGCGCCAGGUUCCAAACACGUUUAAACUUUCCGACCGUUUGGGGCCAAAUUACCGCCUGCGCACGAGCCGGUCCUGCGAGCCCGUCCGCCUUUUGAAGCGCGUACAGUUCAAACGACAUUGUAAUAAAUGUCAGCUUUGUAAACUAAAUCCGAGCUGAUCCCACGGCCGCAGAGUCAGGGAGGGGCCACAUUGUGGGGAUAGGUAGACACGGGAGAGGAAGAGCCAAUGUAGUGUGAGACGGGCUGACAGGGGAGGUAGGAACUCAGGACAACUGAACCAGGGUAAACAGAGGGACCUGUGUCUGCGGUAAUAGGAGAGCCUAACCUGAUAUAUAUAUAUGUGUGUGUGUGUGUGAUACAGUAACCCAGGAUAACAAGGAGCCUGACCCUAUCAGAGUGAGAGGGGUCUGAUAUAACCUAACCUGGAAUUACAUGAAUGUGAGUGGCAAACUGAGCUCAGGUGGAUGAGAGAAAAGGGCCACGCACAGCCUAGGCAGAACAACAGUAGAUCUAACAGUAGAUUUAAAAUCUCAUAGUCAGGAAAGAGUGAGGACACUGUACGGCCAGGGUUAAGAGCAAGAAAAGGGGCCAACACAGCCUGGGCUGGGAUAAUAAGAGAAAGAGACCUGAUCAAACUUGGACUGGGACACUAGAAGAAAAGAGGAUCUGAUUCAAGUCCAAACUUUGGGCGAGGGAUCGGAUCAAAGCUGAACCCACCUUUUAUUCCACUGAAGACAAUGGAUCAUUCGCCAAGUAGUCAUUUGCGAUACAAGGAUCGGGAUUACUGGGAUGAACGCUAUCGCCACGAGGAGACCUUUGAGUGGUUUGGGGCAUUUUCCCGCUUUGAACAUUUGCUGAAGGAGGAGAUUCGAGGCGAUGAAGCCAUCCUGAUCCUGGGAUGUGGAAACAGCUCAAUGAGUUAUGAUAUGUUCAUGAGUGGUUACAGAUCGAUCACAAACAUUGAUUUCUCAGCAACCUGCAUUGAAAAAAUGGCUUCCAAAUAUGCUUCAUGCUCAGGUAUGGAAUGGAAGAUUAUGGAUGCCAAGGCACUUGAGUUUGAAAAUGAAAGUUUUGAUGUUGUACUGGAGAAGGGUACACUUGAUGCAAUGAUGGUAGAUGAAACGGAUCCUUGGAACGUAUCACAGGAAACCAAAGAAAAUAUAGACCAAGUUUUGAAAGAGAUUAGUCGCAUUCUGCGGAAGGGAGGACGCUUUAUUUCCAUCACAUUUGCACAGCCUCAUUUUCGGAAGCAGCUUUAUGCCAAAAGAGAUUACAGGUGGUCCAUCAAACACCAAACCUAUGGAACUGAUUUCCAUUAUCAUUUCUAUACCAUGACCAAAGGAGAAAACCUGUCUUCUGGUGAUCAGGAACUAGAAGAUAAAUAUUUACAGAGAGCAGAGCCCAAGGUCACAGCUUAUCUCCAAAUCAGUGAGGAUGAAGACUACCUGAAUAACAUUGAAUUUUAAUUAGCAAAUGAAUUCCAGGAAAGGAUGUGUACAAUCCAAUAUCUAAGCAAAUAGAGCAUUACCAAUGGGAAAUUCACAUUUGGUACACAGUAAAAAAAACUAGUUUGAGGAGCUCUGACCUGGCAUGGCAUAAUACGAGGUUCUUAACCAGGGUGGGCACAGCCCCCAAGGGAUCUGCCAAAAAUAAUUAAUGUGUAGAAUGCAGAAUAGAAUAGCUUGAGUCUUUCUCUCUCUCUCACACACAUACUAUUGAAUAUUUAUUUUACUAUCAAAGUUACAUUUUCCGAGUUUUGAAAAACUCUUUGACAAGGUAUUUGGGUCGGCAGGAAAUCGGAGUGAGUGACUUAGGUGGGCAGGGAAGCAGUGCACAAGUGAUGUGGGCUGGUGUGUGUGCCCCAGGAUUUGCACUGCUCCUCAACCAUUUGUUUUAGUCUCACAAUUUGGACUCCCAAGCUCUUGUUUAUGUUUUUAUUUUUAUUUUUCUUCCACCUUAUAAGAUUGUAUCACCUUGUCUAUAACAGCCUCCUCUUCAACCUAUAUUCUAAUAUGGUGAAUUCUUUUAUCACCCAAUUCACUUCAUUGUAAACUUUUUGGGACUAUAUAUCGCUUUUUCUUCACUGGGCCUCCUUUCCUAACAACAUUGUGGGUGUACCUACCCCACAUGGAUUGCAGUGAUUCAAGAAGGUGGCUCACCUCUACCUUCCCAAGAGCAUUAGGAAUGAGCAAUAAAUGCUGGCCUUGUCAAUAAUAUUCACAUCCCAUAAACAAAUAAAUAAAAUCUACAGACUGUAUUUCAACACAUUCAAAACCAUUGCCUGUGCCUUAUCCCACACCAAGUCACUUACCAAUGUCUUCAAUAAUUUACAAUGGCUCCUGUCUCCCCAACCCCUUGUUUAAAAUUCUCAUUCCCAUGUUUAAAUCACUUCAUGCCCAACAUCCGUCUCCAUCUCUGGAAAUCAUGGGUCAAAAUGAGCAGAGGUGCACAAGAGACCGAGUUGGAGGAAUACAUAACACUUGAUAGAUUGUAAAGCUGGAGAAUGAUGCACAGAUAAGAAAGAGCAAGUCUGUGAAAGGAUUUAAAAACAAGGAUGAGAAUUUUAUGUUUGAGGUGUUGGGAGACGCACUCAAUAUAGGCCAGAAAUCACAGAGUGAUGAAUGAGAACACAAUGUGGGGUAGGACGAAGUUCUGAACUGAAGGGCCACAUGAAGUUUUCAAAGGCCUGCCAAAAAUAACUACGGAAUGUGUAAAAUGCAAGCCUUGCAAAAUCCACCUACAUAUCUCUAAUUUUAAGUGCUCACUUGAGAGUCAUGUGUGUUUGAUUCAGCCAAUGACCAGUAACUGAAUUUUGCCACUCUCACAGACCCAAAAAUUCUUGCAGUUAUAACACGUUACUACACCUCUUACACAAACCUCACCCUGGUGUCUGUGCUCUCACAUGAGCCAAGUUCUAAAACAGAAUGUACCAUUCAUGUUAGAUUAAAGGACUACAUAGAAUACAUAGCACCAAAGCAAGUUGUUCAAUCAAGCCAAUCCAUCCCUGUGUUUAUACUCCACUCAAGCCUCCUCUAAAUAUCAGCAUGACCUUCAAUUCCUUCUCCCUCAUAUGCUUAUCUGGCUUCCACUUGAAUGCAUCUCUAUGGUUCACCUCAACUAUGCCUUGUGGUACUGAAUUCUAUAUCCUCACCACUCCCUGGGUAAAGAAUUUUCUUCUGAAUUCUGAAUUUGAUUCCAUGGUGACUAUCUUAUAUUGAUGCCCUCUAGUUUUGCUCAUCCCCUCAAGUCGAAAUACUUUCUGUAGCUUAUCGAAGAGAAUUUUUCAAGAGAAAAGAGGCCCAGCUUUUUCAUCCUUCCCUAAUCUUUAUAAACUCACAGUUCAAGUAUCAUCCUUGCAAAUCUUUUAUGCACCCUCUUAAGUGCCUCUGUAUACUUUUUUUAAGCUAUGGUGGCCAGAACUAUAAACUGUAUUCCAAAUUCAAUCUAAGGUGCGAUGUAAAUUUAGCAUGUCUUAUUUACUUCUCACUCCUAUCCCUCUAGAAAUAAAUCCUAGUGCUUGAUUUGGCUUUUUCAUGGCCUUAAUAGCUUGCAUUGCUACUCUUAGUGAUUAAUGUAUUUGUACUCUCAAAUCCUUUUGCUUCUCUACCCCAUUCUGAUUUUUAUUUUUCAAGUAAUAUGUGACCCCUUUAUUUUUCUUACCACGAAGUAAUACCUCACACUUAUCUGUGUUGAAAUUCAUUUGCCAAUUAUAUGCACAUUCUGCAAGUUUAUUAAUGUUCUUGUAAUUUGUUACAGUUCAUCCCCCCACAAAUUUUGUGUCAUCCACCAGUUUGAUAUUUUUGAUUCUAAAGUAUAAACCAUUAACAUAAAUGUGAACAGCACUGGUCCCAGAAUGAAUUUAUGGAACGUCACUUCCCACUUUCAGAAUAAAUACUCUUUUCUUUUUGCAGCUUUCCAUUCUGCUACUUGUACCUUGACUCCGCCUACUCUGACCUUAUUUGUUAAUGAUGUUUUGAAAAUCUAGAUAAAUUACAUUUAAUGCA